CGCGCAUCGCUAUCAGGUGCAUGUAAAAAAAAAAAUCAUAACAAAAUAAUCUCAAACAAACGAACCCCAGCGAGCCCUCGCAGCCCCAGCAGCCACUACAAUGCCAGUUAGAUCCGAAGAUAUUCGAGAAAAAAUAGAAAAUGGAAUCUACAAGCUUGCACUCAACAACAAAAGCACGCGCAGCACUGUGUGGCGCGUUUACCGAAAAAUUAAGAAAGAGGAUGGCACAAUCCUUGAGAACCUAUUGUAUUGCACUGGCUGCAAAGGCUUAAUGUCGUUUACCCACAAGUCGACGACAAAUCUACGACGCCACAGGUGCCAUCUGCAGUAUCUUAAAGCAAGUAUCUUCGGAAGCAAGUCAAGCCAAAAAAUACACAAAAACGAAAUUGACACGAGCAAAGAGGUGGAGCAGAAACAGUCAGCAAAUGACGAAACUGAACGUAUACCUGCUGUGGUGGUGAGCAAGGAGGAAAAACAGGAGCAGCUUGAGGACGAGGUUGAGAAGAAGCCCACUGCCGCAGACGUCGCCGCCUUCGCCAGUGCUUGCAUCGUCCAGCAGCAGCUCCAGCCCCAUCCCCAUCUACAGAAUCAGCCGGACAUGUCGAUGUCCCUCGAUGUCAGUGAAGCCCAAGAGUCCUCUAUAUACGCCCAAACAUGGUCUCUAGAGUAUCGCAAGCUCAGUGAAGACCAAAAGUUCUAUGCCAAACGAGCAAUUGACGAGAUCUUUGUCCUGGGCCGAUUACGGCGCCUGACAUUAAACACAGUGCCACCAGCUGAGUAAAUAGUCAUCUCCUUGGCGUAGUAUUAGUUGUCCAAUAUACAUAGAUAGAGGGUAUCAUCUGUACAUAUAAAAA